UACUCCAUGAGCAGUGAUCGACCGCGGCCCGCCACACCAAACAUUUAUGAUGGUCUUGAUGGUGCGGUGGGGAGUGGGGUCGGUGGAGGACUUGCGACGAACGUAUAUUGUAUACGUAUAAUGGCGUCAUAUUCCUGUCUAUCGGUGUUUACGCGUUCAAAUACGCGUUCCACGGCAGAAAACGGCCCGGAAUAACGUACUUCGGAGUACGUCCGACAAACGGUUGAGCGACGGGAUUUUCCCUUAACCAUCACCCCGUUUAACCAUGGACACUGACUUUGUGGAAGAAAUCGUGUCCAUCAAUUCUGGUAGCCAAACACUAGAUUUUGAUAGAAAGGACUCUAUUUUAUGUCCGGACAGUGUUAACUCUAUUGUCAAGACAGAGUUCUUCAGUCCGGACAAUGUUAAUAACUCUAUUGUCAAGACAGAGUUCUUCAGUCCGGACGACAUUGACGAUGCUAUGUCGUCUGACAAUUGUUUAAUACAAACCAUUGAGCCCUCGUAUUUCACCAACAGUGGUACACGCGAAAAUGAGCUCAAUAAUAUGACUAGAGCGGUCAUGGAAUCUGUGCCAUAUGCUGAUGGGUUACAAUACUUAGCUGCCAUAUCUUCAUUCAGUGAUAAUUUUAAGGAAAUGGACCCCGGGCAGCGAGUCAAACAAGAGCCUGUUGACCCUAGCGAUUUAUUUGAGUCUAGUGAUGAGGAAGUUGUCCAGCAAAUGACCCAAGAGGAAUACCAGGAAUUUUUUGAUGUACAAGAAGAAGUUGUUGUUCAAGAAUGCCCCGAGCAAGAAAUAAUCACUCAAAGUUGGGACAUGAAUCGCUCUACUAAUAUUGACACCAUAUUAGAAACAGAAGUUGAAUGUAUGUCAUCAACUGAUGAUGUUGAUAUACCAAUACCUGAAGGCGAAGAAGCUUCAUCUUCUGUUAAUCCAUAUCCAUGUGAUUUUUGUAGUCGGAGAUUUAAUCGAAAAUCACAUCUUAUGAAUCAUAUGGUUACUCAUCAAUCUGAGCGUCCCUUUUGUUGUGCAUUAUGCGGUGUUCGUUAUCGACGUAAAUGUGAUUUAGCUAAUCAUAUGAAAAUUCAUAUUGGUCCUGAUAAUCAAUCAGAUGGUGGUUUAGAUAACCAAAAUGUAUCUGUUACAAAAGUAAUGAACAAAUUAAUGUUCGUGGAUCCAAUACAUAGAAGGAGUGUUACACCUGGUGAUGAUUCUGAAGAUAAAGGAGACACAUAUCAAGAACCAAAUACAAAAAUUCGUGGCCGUGGUAAAGGCCGGGGUAGAGGAAAAGGCCGUCCAAUGAAAGAUCGGUUAAUUACUCUUGGUUGGAAUUCAGAACUUUACUCAAAACCACAUACAUGUAACCCAUGUGGAAUUUCAUUUACACGUGAAAAAGCACUUCUUAAUCAUGCUCGUCUUCAUCAUAUUGAUGAUGGUGUAAAUAUUGUAACUACUCAAAAAUCAAAUUCAGAUAGUUAUGAGCUUACAAUAUUAGCUAAUUCUAAAUCCAGUGAUGUGACUUCUUAUUCUUGUGAUUCAUGUGGAGCAGUAUUUGACAGAUUUGAUUUUUUAAAACGUCAUCAAAGGCAGCAUAUGAAAAAAGAACUUGGAAAUGCCGAAGAAGAAAUAUAUGAAGAAGCGCAUAUGUGUAUACAUUGUGGAUUGUUCUUUAAGUCUAUGCCAGAGUUAGAUAUGCAUACUGAGCAACAUUUGAUUCCUACAAACAUUUCUGAAAAAUCAAAAUGUUUAGUUUGUGGUGAAACAUUUGAUAGUACAGAUGAGCUGUCUGAUCAUGUGUCUCAAAUUCAUACGGAUUCAUUAUCUGAAUAUUCGUGUAAACUUUGUGGAAAACAAUGCAAAGACGAUAAAGCUCUCCAAAAACAUUUAAUGAUUCAUGACACAUCUGAUAAUAAUUGUAUAAUGUGUGGUAAAAGAUUUCAUUCCAGAGCACGUCUUAAACGUCAUAUGGUAACUCAUCGAGAAAAAGGAGUAAUUUGUGACAUUUGCGGUGAAGAAGUAGCUGAUAAACGAGCACUUAUUAAUCAUAAAGCCAGUCAUGCAAAUACUGUUAGUAUUUCACGAAAUUCAAUGACUGAAAAAAUAUUUCCUUGUACUAGUUGUGGAAAAGUAUUUGGAUCUAGAUCAUCUCAACAAAUACACAUACGAAUACAUACAGGAGAACGACCUUAUGGUUGUAGAUAUUGUAAUAAAGCUUUUGCUGAUGGUGGUACUCUUCGAAAACAUGAACGAAUACAUACUGGUGAAAAGCCAUAUGCUUGUCCUGUCUGUCCAAAGGCAUUCAAUCAAAGAGUUGUAUUGCGUGAACAUAUACGAGCACAUCAUGCUGGAACUGAGGCAAAAGGUGGUCAAGUAAAUUUUUAUGAAUGUAAAGUGUGUGGAUAUUUGUUCCGAUCUUCAAUGGAGCUUUGUUCACAUUUAGUUCAGCACAGUGAUGACAAUACUAAACGAUCUAGAGUAGUACCUAUUGGACCUCGCAAGUAUAAGCGUCGUAGCAAGUUGGGUAAUCGAAAAGAUACGUGGUGCUUAGUAGAAAAAGUAUUUACAGUUAUGUCUGGGCAGUCCGACACAGAGAGCUGCGAAGAUGAACCCAUGCCUACAGUAGAAGAGCAAGCAGUACAAUCAAUAAUAGAACAGGAUGAUAUGCCUUACAAUCCUCCAACUAUAGCUCCUCCUAGUCCUCCUAGUAAGUCUCCAGUUAAAACAUACAAAAUUGUUAAUGGCAGGUUAGUAAAAAGCGAACAAAAGUCUUCUAAACAAAGUUCAAGUGAAUCAAAACACACAGUUCCCAAGCCAGAAUCUAUACCAAAAAAGCAUAGCUUUGUGCUUAAAGAUGGAGAAUGCACUAGAACAUGUUCAACUGUUCUUUAUUAUUCUUCAAGAUCUGAUCCUACAGUUAUGGAUUCGUCAUUAGGAGAGGAAUCCAAAGAAAAUGAUAAUCCAGAAGAACCUGAAGAUCAGAUAUCUGUAGAGGAUACAGAUUUUAGUAACAUGAAAAUCGAGGCAGUUAGUGCCCAGUCAAUAUUUAAUGUACAAGAUUUAGACAACAUAUGCAACAUUGAUUUUUCUGGUGAAAAUGGAGUACAAUAUUUUGUAGAUAAUUCUGAUGGUCGAUAUGGCGAUCAUUGUGAUUUAAUUGUGGAAGCUUCAAAUGAUGAUUGUUUGAUUGAAACAGAACUAGUGUUUGAUACAGAUUAUGUUGAGGAGGUUGGUGCUAACAUUGAGCUGAGCACUGAAGAAAUGGCACCUGUUUUUGCAGAAAUUAUUUCUUGUGAUAUUUGCGAUGAAGUAUUUGAGGAUAGAAAGGAACUUAUGAGACACAUUCAAACCAUGCACAUUGGAUAAAUGAUGGACUUUUUUUUGUGUACUACUAACUGCUUAGUUGUAAUAUUUUCUUUGUAUAUCAAUAUAUUUUUUUUUCUGUAUGUACGCUUUGCACAUACAUUUAUAUUUUAAUUGCUAUAAAUAUAAUAAAAUGUUGCCAUUUUGCACCUAAUUAGAUAAUGUGGCCAAGAUGAUGUUACCAUAUUAAUAUUAUUUAUGAGGGUUGUGUAGUGUAUAUUCCUUGCAAUAUUCUUGAUCAAUUUUAAUAAUUUCAUCAUAUUGAAAUUAUGUCAAAUCUGGUUUUAUUUCUUCACAAACAAAAAAAAAAAAAAAAAUUGAUUUUGAACAAUUAGUUGUUAUACUUGUGAUAAUUAAAAUUUGUAUUUAUUGAAUUGUUUUUGUUUUUAUAAAACUGUAAAACAAUAAUAUUUAAUUUAUUAUUUGUAUGUCGAUGCAUUAUUUUUGUAACUAAAUAUACAUAAUGGUUUAAAUAAAUUCAUCAAUUUUUAAAGAGGC